AUGGAUGUCAAUAACAGUAAUAACAACAACAAUAAUAAUAAUAAAUCUUUUGAUGAAAUCAAACAAAAUAACAAUAUCGAUAAUAAAAACAAGAAAAUUCAAUUGCCACAUGAGAAAACAACAACAAACGACUGUAAAUCGAUAAACAAACUAAUAUGUGAUUCAUAUAAAGUUUGUGGAUUCGGUUGUUCAAUACAUCAUAUAGCCUAUUGUUUGAUUGCUGCAUUAGCAUUAAAUAGAACAUUAAUUCUAUCUGAUACAAAUGGAAUUUUUGGACAUUUUAUUUCAAGCAAACUUAAAUCACCAUUUAAUUUCUAUGAUCAUCAUCAACAACUAUUCAAAUCGAUCAAUUCAAUUUGUGAUGUUAGUGAAUUACCAGAUGAAGAAAAACCUUGGUUGUCGAAUGCAGUAGACAUUAAUAUAGUAAUCAAUCAGAAAUUCGAAACAAUUUCUAAACAAAAAAGUAACGAGGAUGAUGAUGAUGACAAGAUUGAAUCCAUCUAUUUACCAAUAAUUGAAAAUUUGGAUAAAAAGGCAAAGUUUCGUCCAUUGGCUAUACCCGAACAAUUACGUACAAAAUUGGAACAAAUAACUCGAUUUCCAUUUGUUGUAUUUUUAGGUUCAAUUUUAAGUUAUAUAUUACGUAUGAAUAAUGAAUUUGAACAAAAAUUUCGACAAUAUCAAAAUCGAAUUAAAUUCCGUACAAAUGAUGAUGAUAUAAUUAUUGGAAUACAUGUUCGUCGUACAGAUAAAUUACGUUGGGAAGGUAAAUAUCAUUCAUUAGGUGAUUAUAUGAAAAUUGUUCAAAGAAUUUAUGAUCGUAUCGAUGUACAAGAUGCUAUAACUGGGAAAAAAAUGGAAAAACGUGAACGUAAAGUGUAUCUAGCUACCGAUGAUAUUAAUGUUUGGCAAAAAGAAGUUCCCGAAUAUAUACGAAAAGGUUAUCGUUUUUUAGGUGAUUCAAAAAUAACAAAAUCUGCAUCCGUAAAUAAUCGUUUUUCAUUAGAAUCAUUUGAAGGUUUUAUUAUCGAUGUAUUAUCAUUAAGCUAUACGGAUUAUCUAGUCUGUACAUUUAGUUCACAAGUUUGUCGUUUAGCAUAUGAAUUAAUGCAAGUACAACGAACAAAUGGUCGUGAUAUGUCAACACAUUUUUAUUCACUUGAUGAUGUUUAUUAUUUUGGUGGUCAGAUUUCUCAUCGAAUGGAAUCGAUAAUGGCCAAUCAUAAUAUUGACGUUCAUAAUAAUGAUCCAAAUAUCAGUAUCAAUAAACAACAUCAAUUCAAUGUUGGUGACAGUUUAGGUAUUGAACAAAAUUUACAUAAUGGUUAUUAUGUUGGUGAUCUUCAUGAAACAAAAACGAAUCGAAGAUUACAUAAUUCACUUUCAUAUCCAAUAUUCAAAGUGAUUGAAAAAAUUGAUUCCACAUCAUUCAAAGCUUUUGAAUAAAUUUUAUACAUUUUUUUUUUGUUGAAAUUUUAAGCAACAAAAAAACAGAAUCAGAAUUCGUUCGAAACUGUUUUUAUCAAUCGAUAAAAGAUGGCGCGUUUGUUGAAUUGAUUUUCAG